GCAGCAUCCUGUCUAGUCUACCUGUUUCUCAACUUUUAGUUUUCGUAUUUGUGGAAGUGACAGCAGCUCGCUGUAAUCCACGGCAGCGCCAUCAUGGCUGCCACUGCAGGUAAUCGAGUACCGCAGAAGGAGGACGCCAGCUAUAAGUUACAUUUCCGAAUGAUAAACGAGCAACAGGUGGAAGAUAUCUGUCUGGACUUCUUCUAUAAGCCGCACACCAUCACCCUGCUGUCAGCCACUGUCCUCAACCUCAUGUACUUUGCCUUCACCAGGGACGACGGAAAAUCAGACAGCAACCUCCGUGUGGGACUACUGGUGGUCGUCUUCUUCUUUCUAGUCAUCAGUGUCCUGGCCUUUCCUAAUGGACCUUUCACCAGGCCACACCCCGCAAUAUGGAGAAUGGUGUUUGGUCUCAGUGUCCUGUACUUCUUGUUUCUCGUCCUUCUCAUCUUCCUCAACUGGGACCAAGUGAAGACUCUCAUGUACUGGCUGGACCCCAAUCUGCGCUACGCCAAACGAGAGGCAGAUAUCAUGGAAUAUGCUGUGAACUGCACUGUGAUUACGUGGGAGCGCGUCCUGAGCCACUUCGAUAUUUUCGCGUUCGGCCACUUUGCAGGGUGGGCGAUGAAGGCUCUGCUGAUCCGCAGCUACGGCCUGUGCUGGACCAUCAGCAUCACCUGGGAACUCACUGAGCUGUUCUUCAUGCAUCUUCUGCCCAACUUUGCUGAGUGCUGGUGGGAUCAAGUGAUCCUGGACAUUCUGCUGUGUAACGGAGGAGGCAUUUGGUUGGGAAUGACCGGCUGUCGGUUUUUGGAGAUGAGGACGUACCGCUGGGCCAGCAUCAAAGAAAUCCACUCCACCCCGGGGAAGAUAAAGCGAGCCGUGCUGCAGUUCACUCCUGCCAGCUGGACCUUUGUGCGCUGGUUUGAUCCAAAAUCGUCCUUCCAGAGGCUGGCAGGCAUCUACCUCUUCAUGAUCCUCUGGCAGCUGACGGAGCUGAACACGUUCUUCCUCAAGCACAUCUUCGUCUUCCAGGCCUCUCACCCUCUGAGCUGGUGCCGGAUCCUCCUCGUCGGAGCCAUCACGGCCCCCACCGUGCGACAGUAUUACGCAUACUUGACAGACACUCGGUGCAAAAGAGUCGGCACACAGUGUUGGGUGUUCGGUGCCAUCGCUUUCUUGGAAGCUCUUGUUUGUAUGAAAUUUGGCCACGAUUUGUUUUCCAAGACUCAAAUCCGCUAUGUUCUCCUGUGGCUGCUCUGUCUGGCACUCAUCACACUGCUCUGUUUAUAUGGGAUGGUGUGGUAUGAACAAAAUAAAAUGAAGAGCACUUGUGUGCCAAGUGAGGACCGUCUGGACGGCAGCGUUGCUGACUCAUGUCGUUUGGUCCCAGAUGGCGCUGCAGCUCUGAGGACGAGUUUGCAACCCACCAAACGGAGGAGAGUCUCCGGAAGGAACAGAUUUGUGAAUGGCCAUGGAACAAAGACACAAUAAACAACCUGAGUGAUACACAAUAACGUUCACCUUGUGGGAAGGAGAUAAGUGAACGGUAGCGUGACCUUAAGGAGAGAAAUGCAGUGUGUUGUUAACAGAGUACGCAAAUUUGCAUCGGCAGUUUUAAAGAAUCCCUCAAUGCCAGAAUAACUUUGUUAAUUAUUUCCUAACAGGUUGUAAAAUAAUGUGAAAUUCAAAGGCAGCAAUAAAGUCUUUAUCUACCCAUAGACAUAGUUUGAACUAUUAAUACACACUUUUUUUUUUAAUUCUUUAUAAAUAUUUCUAAACACACUUAUUUAUUGAAGAUCGAUGUUUUGCAUAGGAUUUUUAGCAAGAAAUCACUGUAAAAACAACAUUCGCGCCAUAAGAAAGCCCAGCAUUGUCUAUUUAAAAGGAAAAAUAGGUGUUUUACUCUCAGGUGAAUACGUUUGUCUACUCAGGGCUGCACAAACUGACGACACACUUCCUGCCAUUUACUAAAGGCACUUAGACAUUUUGCACUGGACUUCUUUGUUGGUUUUGUUUUUGAAUUUUAUGCUAUAAUAAUGAUUUUAAUGGCUUUUUUAUAUUAAUUUAUAUGAACAAUACAUUUUUUUCUAGUUUUACGAUGAAUGUCUGAUAACAUUUCUGGUGUGUUUGUGUUGAUGUCAUUUUUGACUAAAUGUGACAUUUUAAGCUUAUGUGCAGCACACUAACAAAUGUUUGUCUUCAAAACAAAAUGUAAAAUAAGAAUUAUUAUGUGAAAAUGUUGAGAUGUGUGGGGGUUUUAUUAAGGGGGGGUUAUGACAGCAGCCGAUAGUCACAGCCGUGAUUAUUGUUGUUGUUCAAGUUUGUUUUUUGUUUGUUUUGGUUUUUUUUUUAAAUGAGAUACUAUUGCAUUUUGUGUGGCAUGUCCGCAUGGGCUAUACCUAAUGUUUCUUAACAGAUUUCAUCGUGUCAUGUUCAGCUGUGCUGCGUUAUAAACAUUCUUUAACAUUAACCUUCCGCAGCGAUCACAGUUUUUAAUGCUCAUAAUGCAAUACUCCUGCAAUGUUUUAAUGAUUUCUGUUUUUUUUUGUACACAUAAUACCCAUAUUGUUUAUGCAAUUUUGAUAUUUUUUUUACAUGAAUGUAACGGUAACUAAAGGAGAAAAUAAAGAUAAUUG